AUGCUCGGAAAAUUCUUCGGAGCACAUGCGGAAGCCGACGCAGUCCCCUGCAGCGCCGGGGCCGCCGCGCCUGCGAGAUGCCGUCGGUGGCGGCAGGCAGGCCGCACCGCGCCUCCGAGGCCGGUGGCAGCGGCUGCCGAUCUGCGCCCCCGGCCGCGCCGCAGGCUCCAGGUGCAGGGCCUGUCGCUGCCCAGCGACAGGUCGGAGGCGGAGCUGGAGUCCGACAGCAGCCGCUGCGCUGGGGCCAGCGCGAGCGAGGCGUGCGAGGAGUGGGAGCAGGCCCUGUCGCUGCUCGGCGGUCUGUUGGAGGCAGCCUGUGAACCUGACGUCGUCAGCUACAAUGCUGGGAUCGGCGCGUGCGGGAUAGCGGGACAGUGGCAGCAGGCUCUGUCGUUGCUGAGUGAGAUGUGGGAGGCGGAAUUGGAUCCCGACGUCAUCAGCUACAAUGCUGGGAUCGGCGCGUGCGGCGCGUGCGAUACAGGGGGGCAGUGGCAGCAGGCUCUGUCGCUACUCAGCGAGAUGUCGGAGGUGAAGUUGGAGCCCGACGUCAUCUCAGCUACAACGCUGUGGUGA